AUGUCGAACGUCAGAAAAAGGAUGUAUGACUUUCCAGAUAAUGACGAAGAAGAUCCAAUAAUUAAACCAGUUAAAAAAGUUAAAACAACAAAACCCCGUUAUGACGUUGAUUUAUCAAGUGAUGCAGAUGGAAAAAAAAUUCCACCGUACACUAUCAACUGUGGAAAAGGAAUAAUGAUGGAAGUAAAGGAGUAUAGAGGUUCAUUCUAUAUAGGGCUCAGCAGAUGUGCUGAAGGAUCCUCCGAGAUCAAGAAUCGAUUUAAUAUACCCAUUGCGCAGCUAGAAACGUUGGAAAAAGCGUGCGUUCUAAUGUUGAAUUACAUCAAAGACUACUUUGAGUCCUUAACUCGAAAAGUAUCCACAGUUUUACCAUGUCCCUCACAGAGCUACACAUCAGUGACAGAAAGACAUGAAGCAAUUAGUUAUUCUAUAAUAGUAACCGAUGUAGACGAUAAUAUUAUUUUUCAUGAAUAUUUUUCCGGGGAGAAUGUUAUAAAAGAGUUUCUGAACACUUUAAAUGAAAUUUCUAAAAAACUUUUGAAGAAAAUGCAUCAAACAGCAGGAAUGAUAGAAAAUAUUAACAGCAGUUAUGAUCCUGAUAAAUGUCACAUUUGUAAAAAAAAGUUUCUAAGUAAUGAAAUAAGAGUUCGGGAUCAUUGUCAUUGGGGUAUGGGAUACAUUAGAGGUUUAGCACAUCAAUCCUGUAAUCUUAAUUACAGAGCUACAUAUUUUAUACCUGUAAUAAUUCACAAUUCUAGAAACUAUGAUUCUCAUUUAAUUUUGAAAAAUUUAACACCUGAUGUUAUAAGAGCAAUUAAUAUUAUACCGGUAAAUAUGGAAAAAUUUACUAUGUUUUCAUUAGAUGCGUUGAAAUUUUUAGAUUCGUUUCAAUUUUUAGAUGCAUCAUUGGAUACUUUAGUUAACAAUCUGAAAUCAUCGAAUCACAAAUUCAAAAUUUUCAACAGUUUUUAUAAGAAUGAGAAAAAUCGUCAUUUACUAAAAAGGAAAGGAGUUUUUCCUUACUCUUACGUUGAUGAAUUUGCAAAAUUAAAAGAAACUAAUUUACCACCGAAAGAAGCUUUUUUUAACGUUCUCACAAACUCUCCUAUUAGUGAAAGUGAAUAUAAACACGCUAAAUUAGUUUUUAAAACAUUUGAAUGUAAGAAUCUUGCAGACUACUUAGAGUUAUACCAAAAUGUUGACACAAUUAUGCUUUCAGAAUGUUUCAAUUCCCUACGUCGCACCGCGAUGAAGUACUAUCAGUUAGACCCCGUGUUUUUUCUGACUAUGUCAGAAUUAACAUGGAAUGCCGGUCUUAAAUUGACAAAAGUAGAGUUACAAUUAUUGAGUGAUGUAAACGAAUACAUAUGGUUCGAGUCUCAAAUGAGAGGAGGGAUUAGUUUUCUAGGAACGAGAUAUGCAACUGCAAACAAUCCAUACAUACCCGAAACGUAUAACCCAUAUGAACGUCAGAAUUAUAUCCUCGCACUUGACGCUAAUAACCUAUAUGGUUAUGCGAUGAGCCUCCCUUUGCCAAUAGGUCAUUUUUCAUGGCUUACAAAUGAUGAAGUUCUAAACUUUAAUAUUUUUGACUAUGAUGUAAACUCAAAUGUUGGCUUUAUACUUGAAGCUGAUUUACUAAUUCCGAAAUCAAUUCAUAAUCGAACAAGUGAUCUCCCAUUGGCUAUUUUCUCAGAAUCUGCAUUCCUUGACUUAAGAGACUCAUUUUCUGAUAUAAUGGACUGUAGUAAUUUCCCACCUGGUCAUAUUUUACAUAAUUUAAAAAAUAAAGGUAAAUUGGGAUAUCUGAAAAGUGAAACAAUAAAACCUAUUAAGGAGUUUAUAGGACUGAAACCUAAGAUGUAUGCUUUCUCCUUUGGUGAAACAUGUAAAAAAACUGGCAAAGGUGUAAAAAAAUCAACUCUUCAGAAUUUUACGAUGAAUACGUAUAAAGAAGUUUUAGAAUCUGAAUCGAGUUUGAAGCACAAACAAGCACUCAUUAUUUCAAAAAAGCAUGAACUGACAACAGUUACCCAAAACAAAACUACUUUAUCUGCAUAUUAUGAUAAAAAAUACUUGAAUGAUGAUGGUAUUACAUCAUUAGCAUAUGGACACUAUUUGAUUGAAAAAUAA